CCGAGUAGGCCAGCCAGUAUGGGAUCCGAUGCUUCCAAAGUCACGGGAAACUUUCCGAAGGGGAAGAGCGAGAGCGAGUGGAGAGCGCAGUUGAGUCCUGAGCAGUUCCGCAUCCUGAGAGAAAAGGGAACUGAGCCGGGCUUUUCCUCCGAGCUCGACUCUCACUACCCCAAGGAAGGCGUGUACAGCUGUGCAGGCUGCCACACUCCUCUCUACAAGGCGUCCCACAAGUUCAAGUCGGGCUGCGGUUGGCCCGCUUUCUUCGAUGCUAUUCCAGGCACGAUUGACAGGCAUGUGGACAGGAGCUGGGGCAUGAAGCGAGUAGAGAUCACUUGCAAAGCUUGCGGAGGUCAUUUGGGACACGUUUUUGAGGGAGAAGGCUUCAACAACCCAACAGACGAGCGGCAUUGCGUGAAUGGCGUGUCAAUCCGCUUCGACGAGAAC